CCCACCUGUGAUGCUCGUUUGCGCCAUUUCAGGAACUUUCAACGUAGUUGAAUCCCAACGUCACCAUGUUCCAUCCACACCCCGAAGACACCUACCACCUCCGAUUACAUCGGGCCCGCUCGGUCAUCCUCACCACGCAAGAGCUCGUCGAAAUCCGCGCUGCUCAACGCACCUUUGAGGGUGCCUACAUCCGCACAGCUGUCUCCCAGUUUACAUUCGCCCUCGUCGUCCUCAAGAUCUUCACAGCCGAAUUCUACAGCGUCGGCGCCCUUUUCGCCAUCUAUGGCAUGGCGGUGGUGCUUGUGAGCGCCUAUCGGCGCUGGGUCGGCAACAGGCAGUUCUUCAGUGAGGUGGGGGAUGAUGGGGUGAAUAAGAAGAAGUUCAGGACGAGCGGGGAGGUGGUGAUUAUCUUGGCGGCGCUGAGUAUGGGUGCUUAUGCGAGCUUGUUGGCGUUGACUUUGAGACUGCAUCCGUAGCUAGAUGGCUGCGAGUUUACGAAUAGCACAGAAAUAUCUGGGUUUGCGAGCGGGAAUUAGUAUUGUUAACUUGUUGCGGGAGUUGGGGUUUUGGCGUUGACUGGGUGGAUAUGGGCAUCUUGCCAGGGCAAGGAGGAGUAUAAUGUCACGUUGACCCCGGUCUCACGAUUUAGGAACGAGGUCAAUCAGUCCAAUAUUUUCA